AUGUCUCAUCCUUAUAAAUCCUUUAGUCUCAAUGCCAUUCCUUGGACACCCCUUAUCCUCGACUCUUUCUUCACGGCUCCAUAUUUACCUUGGGUCUUGAUGGGGUUCAGUUUAGUUUUGCAUGGAACGGUGCCAAAAGAUGAGAUGAUGGGAGUCGUUAUUGGCCAUAUUUGGUAUUUCUUCAACGAUGUUUACCCACCUUUACACAAUGGACACCGCCCAUUUGAUCCACCAAUGUUCUGGAGAAGAUUGUUUGAGAGACGGCCAAGGGAGGAGACGGCCAAUGCGAUUAAUAACGAUAUUGCAAUGGCAGCAGCACCAGCACCGGAAGUCAGAUAG